CUCGCCUUCUCUACCCCUCCCGCGCCGCCAUCGAGCAAUGCAUUCUUCACCUUCAAUGACUGUGUUAUGGGUUCCUGCGUCGCCGCCUCAGCUCUGUUGAAAGCGUGGCUGUCGUGGCUGCGGAGUGGUUUUCUGUGGAGGCUGCUUGGACUGCCCGCCGCUUUAUUGGCCCUGCACCUGGAGAUUUACGGCAGCUCACCCGCCGCGACUUCGCUUAUCCUCCACCGACUUUCUCGCCGCUUGCGCUUCCCAGCCUUCUGCGUCGUCAACAAAAAGAAAGGCCAUGAUAUGAACACCAUCUUCUUUGUUGGAGGAUCAGAUGUCAUGGACACUCCUCAGUCACUCUUGCCCUCCAUGUUGAACCCGAGGUCCAAGGGCGUUGCCCGUAAGCGAUCCAUGACCCUGAACGACAAGGACCAUAUGCUGCCGUUGCCACCAUCAGGGGGAUCCCCAAACAAUCUUGGCCCGCCGUCCAAACAUCUUCCUGGUCCUUUACCAUCUUCAUCCAACUCUCCUUCGUCCACCAGCACGCUCUCUCAUUCUUCCCCCACCCCUUUGAUGCCUUCUCACGCUCGCUCUAUGUCGCAUGCCGACGUCGUCAAACAGGGCAAGCGCCUGUCCUUGCACUUUCCCAUUCAGCCAGCUGCCGGCAGCCCUUCACCAGCCUUUUCUCCUCGUUCACGCCCGCAGUCCUGGGUAUCCACUCCCAUCAUUUCUACCCCCGUUUUCUCCCCUGGCGUCAUCCCCUCGCCAACCGAGGGCAAUUUCCUCGCCGUCCUCGCCGCUCAGGAACGCCGCGUCCUAGAGCUCAAAGAAGAGCUUGCCAAAGCCGAGAGCGAUCUCAAGAGCCUCAAGUCCCACUGGGCGUCGCACGAGUCUGUCAAGCAACGCAACGAGCUUAAGAAUGUCACUCAGCUGCAGCCCCUCAAUACCACCAUCACCAAGUACCCACUAGACAAAGAUGACGAUGACGGGUCCACGCUGUGGCUUCAGAAGGAAAUGGAGCGCAGGAAGAGCCUACUCAGUGGCACGAAGACGUCGUCGCGGAAGGUAUUCAGUGGCUCACGACACAUGCGGACCUUGUCUUUGCUCUCUCCUGAGCAAAACUUUUCUCCAUCCUUCCCCCAACCACUCGACAUCGACGACCCCAAGGACGAGGCAAACAAGCGACCGCAAACCCUCGCUCGCAAUUCGAUUUCCCCUGGUAAUGCCAAUCACAUCACCGAUACCAUCAACGAUGACCGUUAUGAUUUGGGUGGUCUUUCGGCCAUCCAACGCGAUGCACUCCUUCGCACCGGGAAGCAAAUGGCGACUGAUUUCAAGGACGGACUACUGACGUUCAUUGAAGACAUUCGUCAAGCUACUGUUGGGGAUGAGGCGAUCAUUGGUGUCGAUGGUUCAGGGUCUCUUGGUGUCAGGAGUCCUUCCAUCAAAAACAAUCGGAAGACCUCCGAGGCUCGGCCAGCUUUGAACAGAGCCUCAAGCUUACAGAAUACCCCUGCAACAAAUACGGAUGACAUCGCGGACGACUUUUGGAAAGCAAACGGCUUGAGUGAGCCGAAAGCCACACCCCCGAAUAAGAAAACGCAUGCCAAAAGUACUCGAACGCCUCAAAAACCUAUGCCAGAAGUAGCCAAAGACUUCGAGAGCUGGGAUAGCUGGGAUACACCGAACGAAAAAUAUGCCGCACAGCCAGAACCCAGCAGUAGCUCCUCUGAUGAAUCCGAUGCACCAUCGUCAUCGGUGUCAGGUAACUCAGGUCGAAGCAGUGCAAGAACUAGCACCAGCUCUGUCGGUACCUUUGACGAAACCUCUAUGGGUGAUCCUAAGCGCAAGUCUAUCCCAUGGCCGGACCUAGUCAAGCUUUCUCCGACGAAUCUGAAGCGGACCGCCUCACAUUUGAUGAAAGAGUGGGAGAAGAAUCUUACCCCUCCCCCCUCAUCUCGCGACUCUGGCCAUGUUAGUGGUGAUUACAUAGGUCGAUCGGGGUCACCUGCUGGACUACCUUGAAUGAUGUAUGACUUUAUGUCACUUGAUGAUACCAUGAUCUAAGGCACAAUGUCUAGACAAAUGUUUAUUAUUAAUUUCUUGAGGAGGAUUUCGAAUGGUGGCUUGAUGGAAGAUCAAUUGUCUACAGCACAAGGCUCAGGCAUGAGACCCUUGUUAAAGUUGGAGCGUUGUUAUUGGUUGUCUUAGUCCGAGUUUCCGUGUCCCUCCUUAGCGUUGAUGCUGCAUAAUGAGAAGACAUGUAUUAAAACAA